AUGCAAGCGAAAUUUGCAAUUAUAGUAGCAAUCAUAGUAGCUCUAUCCUACUUUGUUACUGAUAGUAAUUCUUAAUUGCUAAAGAAAUUGCAAUCAAACAGAUAAUUAACUGAUGUAAAAUCAAUGUCACGAAUUCUUGAAAAUGAAGAUGGAGCUGAAAUUUCUAAAUCAAAUGGAAAUUCUAACUCUAAUGGAAAUGGCACAGCUAAUGGAAAUUCUAAUAAAGAUAAGAAUGAAACUUCUUCUAUUAGUAGUAAUUCGACAGGUGAUUCUAGUACAUCUUCAAAUAGUAGUUCAUCUCGAGAUAAUAAUUCUUCAAAUAGAGAUAGCCAAGAUAAAGGAGGAGAGAAUAAUUAAACAAAUAGCAAUGACUCAUCAACUAUUAAUGGAGAUACAAAUAAGAAUUCAGAAUAAUAAAAUAAUUCUAAUACUAAAAUAAAAAAAAGUGAUUUCUUUUAAAAUUACAAAACCAAAUAUAAUCAAAAGAAGUAGAACUAAGGGGGAAAUGGCAAAAAUAAUGGGAAUGGAAAUAAUGAAAGCAAUGGAAAUAGCAAUAAUAGCAAUGGAAAUAACAAUAAUAGCACUGGCGAUCUUAAUGGUAAUGGAAAUGGUGAAGAAAAUAGUAUCAGCAAUGGUAAAAAUAAUAAAAAUGAAAGUGAUAAAAGUAAUAGCGCAAAUAAUUAAACUGAUUCAAGCUAAGAUAGUGCAAAUGAUACAUAAAAUACUACAAGCAAUUCAUCAAAUUCAGGUAGUUCUAGCUCAAAUUUAACUCAAGCAGAAAUAACUGAGUAUCGAGUAUUUUUCUAGGAUUUUUCAACAGAAUAUAAAGAUUACUAUGGUGAGGAUUUGUUCAAAUAUACAGAUUUAUCAUUAGAUAGCAAUAUAGUUUUACUAUUCUAAAAAGGUGGCCUUGAUAGCUUUGAUAAUAUCCUUGCAGUUGAGAAAUCAUUAGAUCCUUCAUAAUCAUAAAAUGACUCAUCUUCAUCAUCAAAAUCUCCAAUUCAAUGGUUCAUCCUUAUUGGUGUUCCAGUGAUUUCAGCUUUAGCUUUAACGUUUUCAUUCAUGAUUGUAUUCAGAUGCUGCAUUACAAUAGAGAAAACUGGAGGCCGAAUGAAGUGGGUUUGUAGAAAGGAUUUCUGCCAAUGUCUAAAGAAGAACGAUGUUAAAACAUUGAAAACUUAGCCAGUCAAGCAUCAUAGAGUUUUGGAUACCUCAUAUAAUAUGGAUCAAACAAAUGUAACAGUAGUUUCAUAAGUUAGUUCUCCUACUAGCGCGCAUGGUGGAAAUUAGAUGCUUUCAACUCUAAAUCCUGACUUCGGAGUUACAUAAACUACUUAGAGUAAUUUUAGAUCAACCUAAUUAAAAGAAGCAAAAAUGGAAAGUAAACUUUCAAUUGUAAGAUAUCAUGAUUCUAAAGAUGACCAUGAAUCUAAAGAUAUAAAGAUAGUAGAAUGA